AUGGCGCCGCCCAGCUCGCAUAUGCCACCGGAGCAGAAGCGCUGGCAGCUGCAAUAAUAAUAAUCAUUUUUUAAUACACUUUUGUCGCUUAAUUUUAUCGGGUGAAAGAAUGCUGCGCGUCUCCGUCAGAGUGCUGGGUGAGUUUUGUGUAAAACCACACAGAGUAGUGAGUUAUAAAUGUGUGUGCGAGAGGUCACCUUCUCGCCGAGAGACUCAUAAUAAAGGCAGAGAGGAUGGCGUGGAUGGAGAACAUGUGGAUGGAGAACACAGCUGGAUGCACGGUUCUUCUGCAGAGGUUCUAUCAACAGUACGCGCUAAUGUUCAGGUCUUACAGAACUUCAUCAGUGAAGAAGAGGAAGCGUCUUUCCUCAAAGAACUCGACCCUGGACUGAAGAGAAAAAGAUACGAGUUUGAUCACUGGGAUGAUGCGAUUCACGGGUUCAGAGAGACGGAGCGGCUACAGUGGGGUGGAGUGUGUGCCAGUGUGGUGGAGAGGCUCAGAGCGACGGCGUUUCCUGAGGGAGGUCCUUUACUGGGCCCGGUUCACGUUCUGGAUCUGGACAAGGCCGGGUUCAUCAAACCUCAUGUAGACAGUGUGAAGUUUUGUGGAAGCACGAUCUCCGGUCUGUGUCUGCUGUCUGACAGCGUCAUGCGUCUGGUCAGUGUAGAGAACUCGGCAGACUGGGCUUGUCUGCUUUUACAGCGCCGUUCUCUCUAUAUACUGAGAGAUGAAGCUCGGUUUAAAUUUACUCAUGAAAUCCUGAAGGACGAGGAAUCGUUUUUCUCGGGACACAGAAUUCCUCGGCAUCGACGCAUCUCAGUCAUUUGCCGGAAUCUUCCACUUUAGUGAAUCCUGUGUUUAAUGUUGGACUGUAGAACAUCUCCAUGGUCUGAUCUGUACAUGUUUAAAUAAAUUCUGAUGAACACAUUCUUUACAAGCAUCAUCUUAGUUUAAAUUUGUCCUAAUUUCUAUUAUUUUGGUCUUUACAGAAAUUUUAAUUGAUGUAAAUUUGUAAGGUCUUGGCAGAAAAACACCAAAACAUAGAAGAAAUUGAAAAGCUAUUUAUUUGUCACAUACAUGUUACAGUACGUUAAAAUGAGAGUGGAGAGUGUUACUAGUGGUGUCUAAAGACUAACAGGGGCAGCUUGGUGGUGCUGGGGCUUGAACUCACAACCUUCUGAUCAGUAAACCAGAGCCUUGACCACAGACACCAAACCAAAAUAAAUAAAGGUUUUUUUAAAUAGUUCUUCUCCGUGCCUCACCCAGGAAGUGAAAGCUGACUUUUUGAUGGUUUUGAAUGAACCUGUGUAUUAACGUAAUGUAUAAAGUGGAAGAGCAGGAGGCGAGGCGGAGUGUCCCUGAGAGCGGACACAGGAAAUAAAUAACAGGAAACAUUUAA